CUCCGCGUGCAGCCGGCGCGUCUGUAUAAAACGCUUGCGGGACGCGGGUCUCUCCUCACUCGCAGUCGACUCGAUCACCAGAGCUGACCGGCAGCGCAGAUAGCGGGCACGCGCUCAGGCUAACUCGCAAACUCGGUUUGGAUUUUGGGAUGGAAUCUCGUUCGGCUGCGCGGGGCGCUCGCGCCUCCAACACUCAUACCUUCAAAAGUGGUUUGUCUCUCUGGUUGGUGGUGUGGUUGUUGGCAUGUCGCUGUGCACCGGGUCAGGCAUGUCCCAGGCUGUGCGUAUGCUACCAUAUGCCCAUGACUGUCAGCUGCCAGUCGCAAAACUUCACCUCUGUUCCUGCUGGCGUGCCCUAUGACUCCCAACGGGUAUUUUUGCAGAACAACCGCAUCACAGAGCUCAGAGCUGACUCCUUUGGUUUUGAGACACAGGUCUUAUGGCUGUACUCUAAUAACAUCUCAUGGAUCGAGGCAGGGGCGUUCAGUAAUCUCCGUGUACUGGAAGAACUGGAUUUGAGUGACAACCCCUCAUUGCGCAGGCUGGACGGGGGUGCCUUCAGGGGUCUGGAGCGUCUGCAGAGUCUACACAUGCACCGCUGCCAUCUAACCGAACUGCCGGCUGAUCUCUUUCUUAAGCUCUAUAGCUUGCAGUUCCUCUACUUGCAGGAGAACCACCUCACCCAUCUUCCCGAUGGUGUUUUCUCCGACCUCGUCAACCUUACCCAUCUCUUCCUGCAUGGCAAUCGCAUCCGUACCCUCUCUGAAAAUGCCUUCCGUGGCCUGGUGAAUCUCGACCGACUCCUGAUGCACGACAAUCGCGUCCGGCAGGUCCAUCGCAGAGCCUUCCGCGACCUGGGCCGAUUGACCAUCCUCUAUCUCUUCAACAAUGCUCUGCAGGACCUUCCAGGACAGGUGCUGAAGGACACAUCGUCGGUGCAGUUCCUCCGGCUCAAUGGCAACCCCUGGACCUGCGGCUGUGAAGCAAGGUCACUUUGGGAGUGGUUCCGCAAAGCUCGGAUCUCCAGCUCAGACGUGACGUGCACCUCACCAGCCCCCCGUAAAGGCCAGGACCUGAGAUUCUUGCGAGAGCUUGACUUUGCCCUCUGCCCGUUGCCUGACCCAGGCUCUCUGGCUGGCACCACAACCACCACCUUCAGCACCAAGACACGUUGGUGGUUCUCCAAGAACAAACCAGCCUCAUCAUCCAAGAGCCUUUAUCACAAGAGUAAGGAGACGCUAAAGGCCUUUCCAUUCACCUCUGUCAAGAAUCCCUCAUCCAAGUACGAUAUCUCAGCAGAUGAGGCUGCCUUACCCAAGUUAGAGCCCGAAGAGUACUGGGCAAACUACGGCAAUGAGGAUGCAGCCUCAGUCCCCUGUUUUGAGUUAGAUUGUCCACCAGGUUACGAUUCUCCCGCCUUGUCCUCCUCGGCAUCACUUCUGUCCUUCCUCUCACUCACAGCACUGACUCUCUCUUUCCAUCUGCUCUUCAGCUGAGUUUUCUUUUUCCUGUUACACUCCAAUCCCUUUCUUCAGGGACCAGGCUGAUGCUAAUAAAGGCAUAAAAGCCACGCAGAGAAAGAAGAUAAGACUUGACACACGAAUAAAGUCUGUUGCAAUACUCUCUCGUACACACAUUCAUAUGUCGGAGCUGACACAACAGAAAUAGGGCUACUGCAUGCAUGCAGAAAAUCCCAGAAGUCUUUGCAACAUGCAACUAAAGUCAGAGAACACAUGACAAGCGAAGGGUAGAUGGAUAGAGGCAGUGAUGCGGGUGGGAAGUGAAACCAGACUGCCAAUGUGAGUGGGGAAAAGUCAGAAACUCAUACCAGCAAAUGAGAAUGUAAAUAAUCAAUGAUCAUCACAUGAACGUAUACGUGCUCGCACACUUACUUGAGACAGAUUUUUCCAGAGACACAACAUACAAGAGACCGUGGAUAACAGAGUAGAUUUCUUUGUCUUUUUGGUGAUGUAUCAAGAGUUAAAACUGUGUUAUGUACUUUGGGAUGUGUUAGUUAACAUGAGCUCUGCCAGGAACUUUGGGUAUCAUGUGAAGUUAGGACAGGAAGUCAAUGUUUAAUUCAGGACUCAGGAUGGAACCGCUUGAAGUGAGAAACUGUGUUUUCUGUGUGUAAGGUAUCCCAGUCUUUCUCUAUAGACAAGUGUUCAGCUGUGUGCAGAAAUAAAUGGAAAAUGGACCAUGAUCUCUGUCUAAAAAAAGUGUAAAUAAACCAUCAUCAAUAAAUGUUCUUUGUAUCACAAA